AUUUCUAAAAGCAAAUUGCAGUGGCUUAAUUUGAGCUUUUUUGCUCUUUAUGUGACUAUUUCAGCUCUUAGUUCCUUUCAGUAGAAAUCUUUUAUGAAUUUUUCAGGUUACUUAAAGCCUUAUUGGCUGACCAAAGCAAAAGUUGAUCUUAAUGAAAGCAUGAUUCACUGAAGAGAGAAUGCUGAAGUCUUACUUAUAAAUGAAUUUUAAAAAAAAAUUAUAUUCUCUGCUUCAAGUACCCUUUCUCAAGCUUCUUCUUAAGUUUUGAGGGGUCACUAAUUUUCAGUGAAAAGAUUUAUAGCUAGUGGCAGCUCUGUAGUUUUAUUUUCCCCUUUCCAUUCCAGAUUAUAUCUUUUUGGCUAUCUACAUAUUUUAAAAGGUGGAAUCAUCAUGGGAUUGAGGAUAGUGAUCUAAAGUUGGGAAACAAUAUAUUGAAAACUUAGUACUUUUCUAAUGGGAAAGCUUUAAUGUUGGAAUGUAUUGGAGCGUGCCAUGGCGUUCGAUCUAAAUAUUUUUGUAGGAAGAGGAUGUACACCAGGUUGGUGAGUGACAGCUAUCAUGGGGAGCUACCUUGGUGGAAAUCAGCCUAAGGAAGACCUUCAAAGGUUGUAUGUGAGCGCAGAAAGCAUCAGCUGAACUUCAGUGAAGGAAAAUGGAGAAGUGGAUACCAAAAAAUGUGGCUCUGCUUUGAUCUCCAGUCUUGCCACAGGCUUGAAACCAAGAUAUCAUUUUGCUGCAUUGGAAAAGACUUAUUAUGAGAGGCUUCCAUAUCGAAACCACAUCAUUCUGCAGGAAAAUGCACAGCACGCCACCAGGUUCAUAGCUCUGGCAAAUGUUGGAAAUCCAGAAAAGAAAAAGUAUCUUUAUGCAUUCAGUAUUGUUCCUAUGAAACUAAUGGAUGUAGCAGAACUGGUAAAACAGCCUCCAGAUGUCACUGAAAACCCUUACAGAAAGUUUGUGAAGCAAGCAUCCAUAGGAAAGCAAAUUCCUGCCCCUGAGGAAGAUUCAGCCUGUCAGUUUUUCUUUGAUUUAAAUGAAAAGCAGGGAAGGAAGCGUUCAUCUACAGGCAGAGAUAGCAAGUCUUCUCCUCACCCAAAGCAGCCUCGCAAACUUCCUCAGCCUCCAGGACCCUGCUGGUUUUGCCUUGCCAGCCCUGAAGUGGAAAAGCAUUUGGUGGUCAGCGUUGGCACACAUUGCUACCUUGCCCUGGCCAAAGGAGGCUUAUCUGAUGACCAUGUCCUCAUCCUGCCCAUUGGACACUACCAGUCAGUGGUGGAGCUUUCAGCAGAGGUGGUGGAAGAGGUUGAGCAGUAUAAGGCUACAUUGAGGCGCUUCUUUAAGAGUCAAGGCAAACGAUGUAUUCUAUUUGAGAGAAAUUAUAAGAGCCAUCACCUCCAGCUACAGGUCAUUCCUGUGCCCCUCAGCCGCUGUGCUACUGAUGACAUUAAAGAUGCCUUCAUUACUCAGGCACAGGAGCAACAAAUAGAGCUGUUGGAAAUCCCAGAGCACUCAGACAUCAAGCAGAUUGCACAGCCAGGAGCAGCAUAUUUUUAUGUUGAACUUGACACAGGAGAGAAACUUUUCCACAGAAUUAAAAAGAAUUUUCCUUUGCAGUUUGGAAGGGAGGUCCUGGCUAGUGAAGCUAUCCUUAAUAUUCCUGACAAGUCUGACUGGAGGCAGUGUCAGAUCAGCAAGGAAGAGGAGGAGACCCUGGCUCGUCACUUCCGGAAAGACUUUGAGCCCUUUGACUUCACUCUGGAUGACUGAGCAAAGGGAAAAGCGCUUUAUGAACUUCACAGGAUGUAAUGGCAGCCUGUUUUUUGAGAAACAACAGUCUCCCAUGGGGACUGUUUCCCUGCCUCUUUUUUGUGUAUUCCCAUGGAACCUGCCUGCAGCAAGAGGCCUAAGAUUGAAUAUUUUUUAGAAAAAGUCACAUUUUAGGAUGAAGAUCUUAUGUUAAAAGCAUGUCUGUCAUCAAACUCCAAGUACAGCUUGUUUUUAUCGACAUUUUCAAAAAUAUUUAAACUAUCAUAUAAAAUCCAAAUGCUUUU